UGGAGCCUGACGUCACUCAAGUUUUGACGCACCGAGCUUCCCAGCCGAUUGAGCAUAACGAAACACACCACAAGAGCCGAGACGUCGGUCUCGCAUCCACAGAUUCGCCAUGAAUUCGAAAAUGGAGUUUACCGACCGGGCCAAGAAGGCGCUGGAGGACGCCAUGGCGUUGGCCGAGCAGUAUUCCCACUCGCAGCUUGUGCCGGUGCACUUGGCCGUCGCCCUCCUCGACCCUCUCCCCGACCAGAGCAAAGACCAGCAGAAUGCGCCGCCGGGCACCACGAGCUCGCUCUUCCGCCAAGUCGUUGAGCGUGCUAACGGCGACCCCCAGCUCUUCGACCGUGCCCUGAAGAAGAGCCUCGUGCGUCUGCCGAGCCAGGAACCCCCACCCGAAUCCGUCUCGAUGGCCCCGUCGCUCAACACGGUGCUGCGCAAGGCCAUGGAGCUCCAGAAGGUGCAGAAGGAUACAUACAUUGCGGUCGACCACCUCAUCACCGCGCUGUCGGAAGACCCCUCUAUCCAGGUAGCCCUCAAGGAGGCCAACAUUCCCAAGUCGAAAUUGGUGCAGGAUGCCGUGACGGCCAUUCGGGGCACCAGGCGCGUUGACUCGCGCAAUGCCGACACGGAGCAGGAGAACGAGAACCUCAGCAAGUUCACCAUCGACAUGACGGCCAUGGCAAGGGAAGGCAAGAUCGACCCCGUCAUCGGCCGCGAGGAGGAGAUCCGCCGAGUCAUCCGCAUUCUUUCCCGCCGCACCAAGAAUAACCCCGUGCUCAUCGGCGAGCCUGGCGUGGGCAAGACAACCAUCGUCGAGGGCCUGGCCCAGCGAAUCGUCAAUGCCGACGUGCCCGACAACCUGGCCGCCUGCAAGCUGCUGUCGCUGGACGUCGGCGCCUUAGUUGCCGGCAGCAAGUACCGCGGCGAGUUCGAGGAGCGCAUGAAGGGUGUCCUCAAGGAGAUCCAGGAGUCCAAAGAGACGAUCGUUCUCUUCGUCGACGAGAUCCACCUGCUGAUGGGCGCCGGCGCCACGGGCGAGGGCGGCAUGGAUGCCGCCAACCUGCUGAAGCCCAUGCUCGCCAGGGGACAACUUCACUGCAUUGGCGCCACCACCUUGGGCGAGUACCGCAAGUACAUCGAGAAGGAUGCGGCAUUUGAACGCCGCUUCCAGCAGGUCCUCGUCAAGGAGCCCUCCAUCCCGGAGACCAUCUCGAUCCUUCGCGGUCUCAAGGAGAAGUACGAAGUGCAUCACGGCGUCACCAUCGCCGACGCCGCCAUUGUUGCCGCCGCCAACCUCGCCGCCCGGUAUCUGACCAGUCGCCGGCUCCCGGAUUCGGCCGUCGACCUGAUCGACGAGGCCGCCGCCGCCGUGCGCGUCGCCCGGGAGUCGCAGCCCGAGAUCAUCGACUCGCUCGAGCGCCGACUGCGGCAGCUGAAGAUCGAAAUCCACGCCCUCUCGCGCGAGAAGGACGACGCGUCAAAGGCGCGCCUUGCCCAGGCGAAGCAGGACGCCCAGAACGUCGAGGAGGAGCUGAGGCCGCUCCGCGAGAAGUACGAGCGCGAGCGGCAGCGCGGCAAGGACAUCCAGGAGGCCAAGUUGAAGUUGGAAAACCUCCGCGUGAAGGCGGAGGAUGCCAGCAGAAUGGGCGACCACGGCCGCGCCGCCGACCUUCAGUACUACGCCAUUCCCGAGCAAGAGCAGGUCAUCAAGAGGCUCGAGAAGGAGAAGGCGGCGGCCGAUGCGGCACUGAAUGCCAACGGAGCCGACGUGGGCGGUUCUAUGGUGACCGACGUCGUCGGCCCCGAGCAGAUCAACGAGAUCGUGGCGCGCUGGACCGGCAUUCCGGUGACGCGUCUGAAGACGUCGGAGAAGGAGAAGCUGCUGCACAUGGAGCGGGCCCUCUCCAAGAUCGUCGUCGGCCAAAAGGAGGCCGUCCAGUCCGUCUCCAACGCGAUCCGGCUGCAGCGGUCCGGCCUGAGCAACCCGAACCAGCCGCCGAGCUUCCUGUUCUGCGGUCCCUCCGGCACCGGCAAGACGCUGCUCACCAAGGCGCUGGCCGAGUUCCUGUUCGACGACGCCAAGGCCAUGAUCCGCUUUGACAUGUCCGAGUACCAGGAGCGGCACUCUCUUAGCCGCAUGAUCGGCGCUCCGCCGGGCUACGUCGGCCACGACGCCGGCGGCCAGCUGACCGAGGCACUGCGGCGCAAGCCGUUCUCGAUCCUGCUGUUCGACGAGGUCGAGAAGGCCGCCAAGGAGGUCCUCACGGUGCUGCUCCAGCUCAUGGACGACGGCCGCAUCACGGACGGCCAGGGCCGCGUCGUCGACGCCAAGAACUGCAUCGUGGUCAUGACGUCCAACCUCGGCGCCGAGUAUCUCUCUCGGCCCAACGGCAAGGACGGCCAGAUCGACCCGACGACGAAGGAGCUCGUCAUGAACACGCUGCGCAACUACUUCCUGCCCGAGUUCCUCAACCGCAUCUCGUCGAUCGUCAUCUUCAACCGCCUGACGCGGCGCGAGAUCCGCAAGAUUGUCGACCUGCGCAUCGCCGAGAUUCAGCGGCGCCUGUACGACAACGACCGCAACGUCCAGAUCGCCGUGUCGGAGGCGGCCAAGGACAAGCUCGGCGCGGCCGGCUACUCGCCGGCAUACGGCGCCCGGCCGCUGCAGCGCCUGCUCGAGAAGGAGGUGCUCAACCGCUUGGCCAUCCUCAUCCUGCGCGGCAACAUCCGCGACGGAGAGGUGGCCCACGUCGACCUGGUCGACGGCAAGGUCACCGUCCAGCCCAACCACCCCGACAGCGAAGGCGAGGACGAGGAGAUGAUGGUGGACGAAGACGAGGCGCUCGAAGAGAUCGCGCCGGAUUCCAUGGACGAGGAUGAUAUCUACUCGGGCUAGGCGCGGGACGCUCAGACCGUCUCAAACAUGAC